GGGCUGUUCGACAUCUUUUUUAACAUUUGUUGCCAUCGUGGCAACGCAGCAACUCAUGUAUUUUUGUCUGCUACGAGUGACUUGUUUAUUCUGUGAAAUUUGAAAGUUUGUAUUCAGAUUAAAACAAUCACAAAAUUUUAAAUUAUCUAAUUGAUAGGUAUUCUGAAUAAUGAAUACUAAAAAAGGUUCAGUGAGUAGAUGGUGCAAAGUGUCAAAUUGCCGUAACCUGAAAAGUGAAGUGUAAAACUGUAUAGUUUACCAAAGGAGGGUGUAAGACGAGACUUGUGGUUGGAGAGAAUGAAUUACAUCAUCCACACCAACUUGAAAAAUAUCUAUGUGUGUUCGGAUCACUUUGUUACAGGAAAGCCGAGUGGAGAAUUCCACAAAAAACAUGUUGAUUGGGAACCCUCUAUAAAUGUGGGAUCAAAUAAGACGAAACAAUUUCUAGAUGGUGAUCAUCAAGUACGUAAUAAUGUUGCUUUUGACAAGGCUGAUACACCUCCAUUGAUAGAUGUUGAAACUGCAACUGAAGAUACCUCAAACAGUUUCGAUGAAGAUGUUGCAUUAAUUGGAGAUACACUUCUAAUAAGUGAUUCUCAUCCAAUCCCAUCCUUGAACGAUGUAACAACAAGUACGGAAACUUUUGACAUGACUUCAACUGCCGAUGAUGAAACUAUCAUAACGGUUGAAACCACCUUUGAUGCAUUGCCUGCAUUAAAUAAUUCAAGUCAAUCCAUCAGGGACGUCGAAUUUACUUCCGGUGAUUCAUCACUAACAACUUCAGUUGAUCAAGUAACAGAAUUAAUGUUGCAACUUACUGUUUUAAAAGAAAAACUAUUUCUUACUGAAGAAAAACUCGUGUAUGUUAAUGAAAUGAUCUGAGCUUCAGGGAAAUUUAAUUACGUCACGUGACAGAAUAGCAAUUCUGUCACGGGUCUGUUGCGCUCUUUACAAUUCGUGUUCAUCUGUUGUACCCUUACUGAAGUGUAUUUAGGUGAAUAAUUGUCAUAAUAAACCACAAAUUUUCAA